AUGAAUUCUGCUAUUACUUCUUUAAAUGUGAUGCCACAAGAUCUUUCCAAAUUGGAUCAUUUUGAUGGCAACAACUACAAAUGCUGGAAGGAAAAAGUUGAAUUUCUAUUGACAACAUUGAAGGUUUGUUAUGUGCUCGACACACCCUGUCCGAAUGUCCCUGCGGAAGGAGCAACUAAUGAACAAACUGAUGUGAAGUUCAAAUGGGAGGAAGACAACUACACAUGUAGGGGGAGUAUCCUUAACACCCUCACUGAUCCACUGUUCGAUAUGUAUGCACCAAAGAAGUUUGCAAGAGAGAUCUGGGAGGCAUUGGAGAACAAAUACAAAACUGAGAAUUCUAGCAACAAAAGCUAUAUGCAUGUGAAAGUUGAAGAAGUCAAAGCCAAUAUAGCUUGCUUGGAUAAGGGCAAAACUUCUUGUAUGAAUACUUGUGUGAAGCCCGAAUUCAAGGCUCUUUCAAGGAAACAAACUCAUGCAAAGUUUGUUCCUACAUGCCACCAUUGUGGGAUUAUUGGUCAUAUUAGACCAAAUUGUUCUAAGUUGAAAUCCCAAAGACCUUGGAAUAAAAAGGCUGCUCCUAAGAAAGAAAAAGGUGGUGUAGAGUCAUUGGGUGCUAUUAUUGCCAAAUUGCCACCAACUUGGAAGGAUUACCGUAAGUCACUUAAGAGAAAAGGUGAUGAUCCGACUCUGGAAGGUCUUCAGAGACAAUUUCGUAUUGAAGAAGAGUCAAGGCUUCGAGACAAACUUGAAGAAAAGGCUGAAAUGAGCAAAUCUGCCCAUGUUGUUGAAAUAGACAACAAAAAAGGGAAAAAGCCCAAAUAUGAAUUUAGUGGUCCUAGUAAAAUAGGUUCAAAGAAAAAGGGCAAUUUCAAGAAAAAUGCGAUUUGUCAUUACUGCAAGAAGCCUGGGCACUUCAUCAAGAAUUGCAGAGUUCUGAAGAAGAAGGAACAUGCCAACAAUGUUGAAGCAAAUCUUAUUGCAGUAAUUUCUUAA